AUGGUUACAGUCAUUGCCGCACACGUGCAAGAUACAGAUGAACCGCGGCCACCUCGCUGCGGCUUCCCCGUCGUGGGCGACCACCCGUGGCUGGUGGCGCUCGGCUUCACAGGACCCGACGGCCGCGUCGUCUUCUCGUGCUCGGGCGCGCUCAUCAGCGACCAGCACGUGGUCACGUCGGCCCGCUGCCCACUCAGUGUUCGAGGCUACAACCUCAGCACGGCUAGAGUGGGCGAGUACGACUUUAGCACCCAGCGGGAUUGCCUGUGGUUCGAACCGACCAUGUGCAUCGAGGCUAAGGACGUGGCCGUCCACUCGGCCACCGUGCACCCAGACUUCGUCAAGCACGGCAGCGACCCGAGCCGUUUCGACGUGGCGCUGGUGCAGCUGUCGAAACCGGUGACGGUGGGUCACGGCGUGCAGCCCAUCUGUCUGCCCAUGUUCCCACUACGUCCCCAGCCGCAUUACCUGUUUGCGCUGAUGAUGGGCCUGCACAACGGGCCGCAGCCGGCGGCCGAUGGUGCUGCCACCCGUCGCGAGUGCGGCCGCCAGUGCAGCACCACCACACACGUGAUGGACGAAGAGAGGCUAGCCGUGUACAACACCAGCUACGAUGGCCCGGGGCCGUGCCGAUACCGGCUGCUGUCGGAGGCGGACGGCGAGCCAAACCGCUGUAUAGGCUCGGGCACGCCGUGCGUGGCCGACCUGGGCGCGCCCCUGGUGGCCCCCGACCAGUUCGGCUCGGCCUACUUCCUGAUGGGCGCGGCCAGCAUGCGACCAGUGCAGAGGGAGUGCCACCGGCCGGACGCGUCGGUGUCGUACGCGCCCGUGCUGCCGCACGUCCGCUGGAUCCUGGACAGUCUGACCAUGCUGGCCUCCAACUGA